AUGAACGGCUUCACUAGCUUCAGCGAUACGUGGUUCCAGAAGCUCCAUCGCCUGGCACAGCAGCUCUCCUCCUGCCCCAGACACCCCACCAGCACCGACCACAAGCACCAUCUCCUGCACGUCAUCAACAAGGUCAUGUCCCACUACGCCGAGUACUACCAGGUCAAGUCCCUCGCCGCUGAGCAAGACGCCCUCUCCGUCUUCGUCGCGCCGUGGGCCACCACCCUCGAGCGCUCCCUCCACUGGAUCGGUGGAUGGCGCCCCACCACCGCCUUCCACCUUGUCUACUCCGAGGCCUCCAUCCACUUCGAAGCCCACAUCAUCGACAUCCUCCGCGGCUUUCUCACCGGCGACCUUGGCGACCUCUCCCCUGCCCAGUUCCACAGAGUUAGCGAGCUCCAAUGUGAAACUGUGAAGGAGGAGAAUGUAAUAUCGGAGGAGUUAUCAGAAUGGCAAGAUGGAGUGAGCGAGCUAAUGGGAAGUAGUACCGAUCUGGAUGUGAAGACGGGUCAGCUGACGAGCGUGUUGAAGAAGGCAGAUAAUCUGCGGCUGAGAACGGUGAGGAAGGUGGUGGAUCUUUUGACGCCGCAGCAAGCGGUGGAGUUCUUGAUCGCUGCUUCCGAGUUACAUUUCGGAGUCCGUGGAUGGGGAAUGACUCAGGAUCGACAACGUGGGAAUUUCUGAUU